AACUCUCACCAUCCCUGACCAAACCUUUUCGCCACUCUAAUCAUCAGCAGGUAAGACCGCCCAAUCUCAUACUCAACAUUCGCUCUUAUUGUGAUAUUCUCACAAUUCCGGCCCCUUUUCAUACCCGACUUGCAUCCUUGUUCAUCAAAUAGACAGAAGCUAAUCUUAUGAGUUAUGAUCCUCCCUCAAAAUACUCAAACCGUGAUAAAAUAAUUUUCAAACCAUUUUUCAGUCCUCCAAACCCUACUAGACUCCGACUAAAAACAAUUUUCAGAUACAGGUUUUAAUUGUAAGGGAAGAGAAGAAAAGAAAGUCGUUUCUUCUCCAAUUCAAAAGUCUUAAUUUCCUGCAAAUCCUCUCACCCCCAUGAUAGUUGAAGCUAGAUCCCAACUUCCCCCAAUUUUCUCGCCAUAAUUGUAGACUCAGUCGUAAGAAAGAGAGAAAAUCAUGGACGAUGCGAAAGCGUUGGCGCAACGCCAACAACAACAAAUAAUGUUACAGCAACAACAGCAGCAACAACUUUACCUUCUUCAGCAUUUCCAGCAUCAACAACAGCAGCAACAACAGCAGCAACAAAAUCCGCAACAUCAACAACAACAGCAGCAUCAACAUCAGCAACAACAACAACGGCAUCAACAACAAGCUGCCAUGGCGCGGUUUCCGUCGAACAUCGAUGCGCAUUUGAGGCCUCUCGGAGGGAAUCGUCCAUUAGGUCUAAAUCAAUCGCAAUCGCAAAAUCAAAAUCAAAACCCUAACCCUAAUUCGAAUUCUAUGCAUCCUCUUCAUCAUCAGGGAAACCCUAGCUCUAGUCCUCAAUCUCAGCAACAGCAUUUGCAGCAGAAGAUGAAUAGGGUUUCACCUCAGUCGCAGCAGCAGCAACAGCAACAGCAACAAUCUGUUCCUCCUCUUGCUGGGAAUCAAGCUGAGCUACAGAUGGCGUAUCAGGAUGCUUGGCGCGUUUGCCAUCCCGAUUUUAAGCGGCCUUUCGCGUCGCUCGAAGAUGCUUGUGAAAGGCUGCUACCAUACCAUGUUGUGGCGGAUUAUGAAGCAGAAGAAGAUGAUAGGAUUCUUGAUUCUGAUACUACUGGGCAAAUACUCUCACGCUCCCAACAGUGGGACCACAAUAUUGCUGCUAAAGUAGCUGAGUUCACAUCAACUUUUGAGAAACAGGCACUGGCCUUUAAUAUUAUAACUCGAAAGCGGGCCUUGGGGGAAUUUCGCUCCGAGGAGAGAUUGAUGAUUGAGCAGGCUCUGUUACAAGAAGAGAAACGCGCAAUUAUGGAAGUACGAGCAGAAAUGGAGUCAAGAGCUGGCCGGGAGGCUCAAGAAGCUAAGAUGCGGAUGGCAGCCAUGCAAGCUGAGCAAGCUCGAGCUGAAUCACAGGCACAUGCUGAAUUGAUGGCUCGAGCUCCAAUCAGAGUUAAUGCUCUUGGAUCACAAGGAAAUGAUGCUUCUAUGAAUCAUGAACUAACUGAUCAGGAGCAAGGGGUUAUCCCUGAUGAGAUGAUCAACGGGUGGGGCAAUAAUGCACAGAGGGGGGAGAGAGAACCUUCUGAUGAUUUUUUGAACGAUGAAGAGGCAGAAAACGGAGACACAGGAAUGCAAGAAGAGUGGCGUGAAAGUGGGGAGUUUGAUUUAAAUUCUAGAUAAUAUAUAAGCUGUGGGUACUGGUGAUUCUGGGAGCUGAAAUAUAUAUACUCUGUCUUGAGCAUAAGCAUUCUUGGAUUACAAGCAUUAGCUCCAAAAUCUGUACGCAGGCGGUUACUUGAGCAUCGUUUGGAAUUCUGAGUUUCCGUCUCUAGCUGAGCCACUCCGGGAUAGGGACUACUGUAACAACAGCCUAGAUGUUUAAUUAAUUGGUUUUGAGUUACCUUGUUUUCUGACAUACCCUUGUAUAAAAUCAGUCCCUAGGAAUCGAAUGGUUGAAGGGAGGGUUGGGAAUGGGGAAACCCUUUUCCUUCCAGCUUUUAGAUUCUUAAAUGAGUAAGAUAUCUUGAAUGUGAAAUUGUUCAUGAUCCGCUGAAAUUUAUUAAACCUCCAAAUUGAGGGAGAACAUGGAUGAAGCCUAUGAGGUUGAUACGCAAAUUUAACUUUUUUCCGCCUUUAGGUUA